AUGGAUAUGGAGACCUCUGGUGGCCAGCAGCCAGGACCUUCUCGUCAAGUCAGCAUCAAUCACCCAGCCCCUCAUCAUGCCGAGCAAGGUAGUCAGCAAUUUUCUACAGAUAAUUCUGAUGAAAUUGAUUUCCAUAUUACAGACGAUCAAGGCAACACGUUUCUACAUCGAGAAGCUGCUUCAUCAUCAGGUAUUGACUUUGAACACUUACUAGAACAACUGGAGCAAAAACCGAAUUACAUGACAAUAGUUAAUCAGUAUAAUAAACAACAUGAAACUGCUUUGAGCUUAGCUAUUGAAAAUGAACGUUUCGAUAUUGCUGUGCUACUGCUAUCUCUAGGAGAAACAAAUAGCCAGUUAGAUGGCCUCGUUAGCGUUGAUAGUGAAAAAUUUGAAAGAUUAGUUUUAUAUGUUGAAAAAAGAAAUAAAAAAAAAAUAAUCAAUUUGCUAGUGCAUAAAGCUUCACAAUUAAAAAGGAACCGCCAUGGCGGCGAUUAUCAACUGAAAUGGUUAAUGCAUUUUUCAUUGCAAGGCAACAAUGAUGAUGUGAAAUUUCGCUUAGGUACUGAGGUAGCAGGUAAUAAGUUUGAUGACUUGGUUUUUCGUUACAAGGAUUCUAAUGAGAAUAUUAGGUACAUAUACUUACAAGCUAAGCAUGAGCAACAUUUAGGCAAAACUAUUUCAGGAAAAAGAAAAAAGUUAACACAAACACAUAUUAUAUGUGAACUAAAAAAAUACUUUACCACUUAUUUGAGACAAGAACCUUCUGAAGUAGAUAGCCUUAUUCUUUGCACUAACAGUAAAAUCAAUUUUGAUCCAAAAGAGUUCCAUUUUGGAAAAAUAAGUAAAGAAGAAAUAGAAAAUAAAUACAAAAUCUUUGCAGAUUUAGGUGGAAAGCUAUACAAAUUCACUUCUGAAAACGAAAAUGAUAAAAAUGGUUUUAUUAAAAAAUUAUUCGGUAGCGAUGUUUCAUCAGACGAUAAAAAUAAAAUAAAACAACUUCUGAGUAAAUUUGUGUUUGCGGUUGAACAGCCAGGUUCAAUAGCAUUAGGGAAUAAAAUUAAAAACAAAAUGGGUAGUGACGCAUUCAACUUUAUUAGUUAUGGAUGUUAUUUCCAGCACAUAAGUGAAUGGUUCAGUCAAAGAUAUGAAAAUGACACAGCACGUUAUCUUCUUAGUUCAGAGAUUAAACAUUUUUUUGAUGGUUUGAAAUAUAAAAUUGCUGACCUAGAAUUGAAUGGAUUAGCUUCUUUAUAUAAUUGGGAAAUUGAAAUAUUUAAAAGUAGUGAUCUUAGAUUUGAGGCUGAAAAUAUGAAUAUUAAGUCUAUAAAAGAGUUUCUUGAAUCACAACCUACUAAUAAAAUCUUGAAAGUUGUUCACAAACAAGAAAGUGCCUUUUUAUCUAUUGCAAAAGUAUAUCAAGCUUUAAAAUUAUACUAUAAAUAUAUUUACGAAUAUACGGUUUCAGAUUUAAAUUCUUUAUAUUUGUUAAACUCUGAUACUUCAAAUCCAGGAAGAGUUGUAAGUGCCUUUAAGUCAGAAAACAAGCGUAUAUUGAUGAUUGAAUGUAGUUUUAUAGAUAAAAAUGGGCAGGAAUUGAUAACCAAUCUCUACAAGGAAGUUCUUGCUGGACUCAAUAGGAAAAAUAAAAAAAUUAUAUUUAUACUCAAUGAAAAAGUGAAUCAAGUAUUGGAGGAAAUACUUCCUAUCGAUAAUCAAACUGAACUUAUGAAAACUCAGCUCAAUGAAUUUGAACUUGAAUCACAAAACAAGCUAUUAGACAAAGAGAUUAUUUUUCAAGGAAACAAGAUAAAGUUAAAGAGGUUUCUUGGCAUAAAUAACCUUUCAGAACAAAAAAGUAACCUAUUAUACGAAGCUAUAGAUGAAGAUUUAUUAGUUCAGCUAAUUAAUAAUGAGGAAAUAGAGAUAGGAACAAAAUUACCGGAUUUAAAUGAUUGUGAUUCUUCAUAA